UUCCUCAUGCUUUCGAUGACACUCCGACUGGCCGCAAGCUGGCUCGCGCUUUUCCUUCUUCUGCCCGCCCUCCUCCACGCCCACAUUAUAGAUGUCGAGGCCGGCAAAAAAGACUGCUUCUUUGAGGACCUCCACAAGCACGACAAAAUGACUGUAACGUACCAAGUCGGCGGGGGCGGCCACCUCGACAUAGACUUCUGGGUUCGCCACCUCGUCAACGCUUUCUUGUCUCCCGUUCACCAAAUCCCACAGCUCUCUGAUCCUGAUGCGCGUCUGCUGGGCAAGCAAAUACGACAGUCAACCGGCACGCUGGCCAUAACCGCCGAGAAAGACGGCCGACACGAAUACUGCUUCUCCAACCAGAUGAGCGCCAUCGCGGACAAAAUUGUCAGCUUCAACGUCCACGGAGUAAUUUAUGUCGGGGACGACUCUGACAUUGUUGCGCCUAUUGAACGUGAAAUCAGGACUUUCUCUAAUGGUCUGCAGUCGGUCAAGGACGAGCAGGAGUACAUUGUUGUGAGGGAACGGACGCAUCGAAACACAGCCGAGUCGACGAAUUCGCGAGUGAAAUGGUGGUCUGUGCUACAAGCCAUUGUGCUGUUUUCUGUCGUCGCCUGGCAAGUCUACUAUCUUAAGUCUUUCUUCGAAGUGAAGCGUGUAAUAUAG